AUGCUUUUUUGUUUAAAAGAGCCCCUUCCCGCUCAAUAUGGAGGAGGUAUUUUCACAGAAACAAAAAGGACAAAUGGCGGUGUGUUCCCACAAAAAGUUCAACUCAAGGAUGGACUUUAUUACGUUUUCUCCGCUUGGGUUCAAGCGAGUAAAGGAAGUGAGAACAGUAUAACAGCAGCAUUUAACUAUUCGAGCGGGGCUAUUUUUGAAAUUGGUACUGUUGUUGCCAGUCAUGGAUGUUGGUCCAUGCUCAAAGGUGGAGUUGUGGCAAAUGUGACAGCUCCUGCUCACAUUAUUUUUAAGGCCAAAAAUGCUUUGGCAGAGAUUUGGGUGGACAAUGUUUCGCUACAACCAUUCACUAAAGAACAAUGGAGAUCCCACCAAGAACAAAGAAUUUCCGAGGUGCGCAAGAGGACAAUCAGAUUGAAUAUAAGUGAUGCAAAUAAAAAUGGCGAGGCAGUUCGAGGCGCGAAAGUGAUCAUAAAUCAAGUCAAACAACAUUUUCCAUUCGGGUGUUCCAUGACCAAGAACAUUGUUAACAACCAGGCUUAUCAGUCCUGGUUUUCGUCAAGAUUCAGAGUCACCACUUUUAGGAAUGAAAUGAAAUGGUAUGAUAAUGAACCGAGCCAAGGCCAGGAAAACUAUGCCAACACAGAUUUUAUGGUGAAUUUUGCCCAAUCACAUGGCAUUUCCAUAAGAGGUCACAACGUUUUCUGGGAAGAUCCUCACUACCAGCCCAAUUGGGUCUAUGGCCUUAAUCCUGAUCAGUUAUGGGCCGCAACUAAUACAAGAAUCAACUCUGUUAUGUCAAGAUACAGAGGAAAGGUGAUUGCUUGGGAUGUUGUCAAUGAAAAUUUGCAUUUCCGGUUCUUUGAUGACAAAUUAGGCAACGGAUUUUCAAACACUGAGUACGCCAAGGCUCACCAGCUUGAUGGAGCCACAUUGUUCAUGAAUGAGUAUAAUACAGUAGAGGAUGGCAGAGAUCCCGCUUCACUUCCUCAGAAUUAUAUAAACAAAUUGCGUGAAAUUCAGGGGAGUGUGGGUGGUGCACCAAUUGGGAUUGGCUUGCAGUCUCAUUUCAGUCAAUAUCAACCAAACAUUGUUUACAUGAGAUCUGCACUAGACACUCUGGGAGCUACAGGAAUGCCUGUUUGGCUGACAGAGGUCGAUGUCAAGCCAAAUCCGAAUCAGGUACAAUAUUUGGAACAAAUUCUGAGAGAAGGCUUUGCACAUCCUGCUGUUCAGGGGAUUGUGAUGUGGUCAGGGCCUGCAGUAGACGGUUACGACAUGACAUUAGCUGACAAUAACUUUAGGAAUACUCCGGUUGGAGAUCUGGUUGACAGAUUGCUGAAUGAAUGGAGAUCAGAGGUUGAAGAAUUUACAGCAGAUGAUAAUGGAUUACUUGAAGUGUCAUUGUUUCAUGGAGAAUACGAAGUAACUGUUCUGCAUCCGACAAAAAACUCGUCCACUAUUCAGUCUGUAGAGAUUAAUGAUAAGCUUCCUGCGAAUGAAAAUUUUCAUAUUCAUAUCCAUGUAUGAGUUAUGCUGCUGUAUUUUGGCAGUCAGAUAUAUUCCAGAUUUGUAACGGGUACCUGUCAGUCAAAUUAAUUAUUUUAGUGUACCUUUCAAAUUACU